AUGGAGAGUCUGACUCGGAGGAAACCAGAGAAGGCACGAGCACGCAGGAUGCUGGGCCAGUUCCAGGGACAGUCCCAGGUCCAGUCCUUCCCAACAGCCGACGUGGGGGCCGUGGUGACGUGCAAGGUUUGCAGCAUUAACUCUCGCUUCGCCAAGGUGCACAUCCUGUACGUCGGCUCCACGCCACUCAAGUCCACCUUCCGGGGGACCAUACGGAGAGAAGAUAUUCGAGCCACGGAGAAAGAUAAGGUAGAAGUGUACAAGAGUUUCCGCCCCGGUGACAUAGUCCUGGCCAAAGUCAUCUCGCUGGGGGACGCGCAGUCCAACUACCUGCUGAGCACGGCGGAGAACGAGCUGGGCGUGGUGGUGGCACGCAGCGAGGCAGGGGUGCAGAUGGUGCCCAUCAGCUGGUGCGAGAUGCAGUGCCCGCGGACACACACCAAGGACUUCCGUAAGGUGGCCCGGGUGCAGCCCCAGUUCCUGCAGACCUAGCAGCCCCCGGGGGGCGCUGGGGCUCUGCAGGGGUCAGGGCUGCGGGGCUGGGGCCUGUGGGGCCCGCCCCCACGUGU